GUUUUAAUAAUAUCAAACUUUAUUAAAACAGUUAAUAAUUAAACUAUUACGUUUAUUAAAAAUCUAAACAUAUAUGUUUUUCCGUCAUCAAGGUUUCCUAGAAUGUGACGUGGCUAGCAAGUAGCAUCAAGGUUUCCUAGAAUGUGACGUGGCUAGCAAGUAGCAUCAAGGUUUCCUAGAAUGUGACGUGGCUAGCAAGUAGCAUCAAGGUUUCCUAGAAUGUGACGUGGCUAGCAAAUACUUAGUUCUCACAUGCUGCGUGCGAGACUGGUAAAAAAUAUGUUUGCUCUCAACUUUAAUCUAUAAAAAGUCAGCCAGAAGUUCUGCCAAGAGGUGAGCUAAAAAGGAUGGGUCAGGAGCUUAGAACAAUUUUCACUUUCAUCUGUCUACUUACCAUAAUAAAUGAUUUUAGCAAUUGCUGCCAGGAUUCAGUUAAAUCCGAAGGAUGCAGGAUAGUAGCUGCUGGAACAGGACAGCUUGAGUGCCUGUGUGGAAUGGGUUGCAAGAAGGAAUUUCCAUUCCAUUCGAAGCAAGAGUGUGAGAAACAGCUGACAGCCGAGGCUGGAAGUGGAGAUAUGUGUUUGAGAAAGCCAUGUAAAAACAAUGGCGUCUGCGUUCAGCUGAAAUAUGGCGGAUACAGGUGUGAGUGCACAGGAACUAAAUUCUUUGGUAGAACAUGUGAAUUGGAUUGUCCAGAAAGAUUGGGUAAAAACGCCCUGAUAGACUUGAAGGAAGAAAACUAUCCAUUGGAGUGUCUAAUGAUAUAGAUGGAGCCACACCUCCUGAGAAACUACCCCGCCCACAUAAAUAUUUACCACACCUCCUGAGAAACUACCCCGCCCCCAUAAAUAUUUACCACACCUCCUGAGAAACUACCCCCCCCCACAUAAAUAUUUACAAUUUAUGCUUUGACCUCUGCAACCCAACGUAUACCCUAUAAACUGCACUGUUAGCCUUUCGUUGAAUCUUAGUGCGCCUCCCUCAAACGAUGCAGUUAAAUUAAAAGUUGUUUUUAUAUUUAAAUGUUAGAAGAUUGUUCAUAAAAAGUGGAAUAAGAUAAUAUUGAAAACGAUUAGUCCCCUUGGGAAACGUUUCAUAUCAGCUUCUCUUCCAAAAAUCAGAAAAAAUAAAAAAUAACUGAUCGGUUGCGAAUUUGAUUUUUACUCAUCCUGGGCUACCUGGACACUUUUAAACAAAAGUUGAAAGACUGUAAAAAAAUAUUUAUUUGUAAAAAAUAUCGUCCGCGAAAUAAAAAUAAAGGAGAAUGUAAAGGGACACGGUUCAGCCCUUGCAUGAAUGGGGGAGGGGGUCAGAUCCAAGAAAAAGUAAAGAGGCAUUGUGAGGUUUAAACCCACCAAAAAAUUCACGAGAAAUUACUAAUUGAUAAAAAAAAACUUUGCUCAACUUGAAAUUUUUACUUUUAAAUUGAAAAAAUUCUGAGUUUGUAAAUCCUUUUAGCUGCAAUGUAAAUCACUUUCUGGUCUAUCAAUUCAGUAAAUAGAUGUAUAGUAAUAAAUAAUAGAUUCUUAAAAAAUUGUUUUUUGUACUUUGUGUUUAGUGUUUUUACUUUUUAAUAAAUAUGUUAAUUACGUUAAA